CGGAGUCCCGCUGUCGUGAAAAGCCGCCGCCGCCGCCCACUUUCGCUUCCCUCCGGAACCGCCGCCUCAGCCCCGGCGCGAGCCCACCAUGUCAGACGCGGCCGUGGACACCAGCUCCGAGAUCACCACCAAGGAUCUGAAGGAGAAGAAGGAAGUGGUAGAGGAGGCGGAGAACGGGAGAGACGCCCCUGCUAAUGGCAGCGCUAACCAGGAAAAUGGGGAGGCGGAGGUCGACAAUGAGGUAGAUGAAGAAGAGGAAGAGGGCGGGGAGGAAGAAGAGGAGGAGGAGGAAGGCGAUGGUGAAGAAGAGGAUGGAGAUGAAGAUGAGGAGGCCGAGGCAGCUGCCAUCAAGCGGGCAGCUGAAGAUGAUGAGGAUGACGAUGUGGACACCAAGAAGCAGAAGACCGAAGAGGAUGACUAAACAGCAAAAGGGAAAAGUCAAACUUAAACAAGGCCACCGUGACCUAUUCACCCUCCACUUCCCGUCUCAGAAUCUAAACGUGGUCACCUCCGAGUAGAGUCCCCACCGCCCACGGGCAGUGUCACCAGCCCACCCACCCAACCAAAACCACAUGCGAAUUCGCCACAGGGGAGGAAAGAACCAAAACUUCCAAGGCCCUGCUUUUUUUCUUAAAAGUACUUUAAAGGAAAAUUUGUUUGUAUUUUUUAUUUACAUUUUAUAUUUUUGUACAUAUUGUUAGGGUCAGCCAUUUUUACUGAUCACAGGAUGACCAAACCAGCCUACGGAGAGCUCCGUCCCACUCCGGCUUUACUUGUGGUGUGACCAUGUUCAUUAUAAUCUCAAAGGAGAAAAAAAACCUUGUAAAAAAAGCAAAAACAACAAAAAAACAAUCUUAUUCCGAGCAUUCCAGUAACUUUUUGUGUAUGUACUUAGCUGUACUAUAAGUAGUUGGUUUGUAUGAGAUGGUUAAAAAGGCCAAAGAUAAGAGGUUUCUUUUUUUCCUUUUUUUUUGUCUAUGAAGUUGCUGUUUAUUUUUUUGGCCUGUUUGAUGUAUGUGUGAAACAUGUUGUCCAACAAUAAACAGGAAUUUUAUUUUGCUGAGUUGUUCUAACAAA